AUGCCGAUGUUCUUCAUUCUGAACAAGGUUGUUGCUGUUAAUAAGACUGGCGGAGACAAGCAAUGGUUGGCCACUGUUUAUCCUAAAAGUCCAACUGAGGACCGUGCUUCUUCUGAAGCAAUGUAUGUCCCACCAAAUGUUGCGAGUGAAUCACUGUCAAGCAUCAUUCAAGCCCGAGAGCCUAAAGCAGCUGUGAAACACAGAGACUGCAGUGGUGUGCAUGCAGUCUCGUGUGCUGGGAUGGAUCUCCCUGGCUCCAAGCAUUAG